AUGGUGGUGAUUCCAGUUACUCUUAAAGGAGCUAACUAUCUACAUUGGGCAAGGCUUGCUAAGACAGAUCUUGGAGGCAGAGGGCUUUGGGAGAUUGUUGAAGAAGGCAAGCCACAAAAGAAGACUAUCCUAGGAGAGGAUGGCAAAGAGGUUGUUGUUGCUGAUGUUGGCGCCAAGAAGAAAUGUCAAGAGGACCAGUUGGUGUUGUCCAUUCUUCAGCACAGUCUUGACCGCUCACUUCAGGAAGGUUACUCCUAUUGUGAAACUUCCAAGGAGUUUCAAGAGGACAAUGAUUUUGAUAAACAUUUUGGAAAGUUCAUAUCCUUGUGCGCUGAGCUUGAGAUGCUCAGGCCAGCAACUAUUGAUCCUGAUGUGCUUAGUCAAAGAAGAGAGCAAGACAAGGUCUUUGCUUUGCUUCUUACCCUCCAUCCAAGUUAUGGUGACCUCAUCAAGCACAUCCUAAGGAAUAAAGAGCUACCUUCUCUAGAUGAGGCUGAUGGAGCAGCAAACAAAAGCUCUUACAAAACUGAAGACAAAAAGGUGUGGAUUUGUGAUCAUUGCAAGAAGAAAGGUCAUGGAAAGGACAAGUGCUGGAUACUCCAUCCCCAUCUCAAGCCACAGAAGUUCAGGACAGGUUACAAUGAUGCCAAAGCAAACUUCUCUGGUGAUAUUGGUGAGCCAUCUAUACAAGGCAGCAUGCGCCAGACCAAUAAAGCUUGUGAGAACAAAGGGGGAGCUUCCAGCAGUGGCUCAGUCUUAAGGAACACUCAAGAUGAGACCAUCAGGAGAUCUGAUAUUGAGGCUCUCAUCAAGCUCCUUAAGGAUAACUCUGGAAAUGUUACAAUAGCUAAUGGUGAAAGAGGUUAUCUUGGGCUGAGUGGAGCAAUUCUUGUUCAAAUGUACCACAUUUUCUGUGAAGGUGACCCAGCGAAUUACCUUUUUCUCUUGGCCGUAGUACCAUCAAUUUUCAUCUUGACAAUGAUGCCCUUCGUAAGGGCGUACGACGCAGUCGUCGCUGGCCACAAGAAAUACUUGAACGGUCUCUCCUCCAUCUCCUUGAUCGUUGUCUCCUAUCUUAUGAUCGUCAUAUUGGUUGAAAAUGUUAUCGGAAUGCCAAGGUCCAUGAAGAUAUGCUCUUUCACUCUUUUAGUUCUCUUGCUCGGUUUUCCUCUCUUCGUCGCAGUUAGAGCGCAUAAUGAAGAGAAAGAGAGACUCCUGUCUUUGGAUUUUCCAGUUACCGAGAGAUCUACCUUGCUUGACACUCCUAAGCCCAACACUUCGAAUGAUGUUGAUGUUGUCACGACCAAUGACAUGAACGUCCCGGAAGCAAUAUGUACAAUAAACUUCUGGCUUCUAUUCAUGGCGAUGAUAUGUGGAAUGGGAUCAGGGCUCGCCACGAUAAACAACAUCAGACAGGUGGGUGAGUCACUUCGCUACUCUACAGUUCAGCUCAAUUCUUUGGUGUCUCUUUGGAGCAUAUGGAGCUUCCUAGGCCGGUUUGGGGCAGGUUACAUCUCAGACGCAUAUUUACAUAGUCAUGGCUGGCCAAGACCGGCUUUCAUAACCUUAAGUCUAGUCAUAAUGGCUUUAGGUCACAUUGUUAUGGCCUCUGGUUUUCUAGGAAGCCUAUAUAUCGGUUCCUUGUUGGUUGGGUUAGCGUAUGGCUCACAAUGGGCACUCAUGCCGACUAUAACGUCUGAAAUAUUUCGGAUUCUUCAUAUGGGAACUAUAUUCUAUACAAUUGGGAUAGCUAGUCCCGUUGGUUCUUAUAUUUUCUCAGUGAAGGUAAUAGGCUACUUUUACGACAAGGUAGCUUCUGAGGAUCAUUCUUGUUAUGGGAGUCAUUGUUUUAGGACUUCAUUUGUGAUAAUGGCGGUCAUGUCAGUGCUUGGAUCUCUUAUUUCUUUUGCGUUGUUCCUCCGCACAAAGAAGUUUUAUGCAACGCUUGUGGCCAAGAGGAUCUUGAAGUGAUUAAUUCUUGAAGCUAGGGUCUGGACUCUGGAUUGUGACUCUAUUUUUUUGGCAUUUUCCCUUACAUUUCAAAUAUCGUUUUUAAAAUGUGUGUUAUGGAUUGUUUGAAAGCAAUCAAAAGGUGAGUAAUAUAAUCAGAAGAAUUGAUCAUAUAUAAUAACCUUACAAAUUACAUCAACAGCCAUUUGAUAAACUAAGAGAUUGUUAUUCAAUUAAAAUAUAGGGUUAAACUAAUUUGUGGUUCACUAAAUAUUUUCAGUUCUGCAUACAUUUUAAUUUCCAAUAAGCUGUACUAUUUUACGUGCGAAUUAAUUAUCUAGUUAAUUAUGUGUCUGCCUAUCGUAAUGCUGGUUAUAUAAUACAGUACAAUAGUCAGGCCUGACAAUUAUACAACUCACCUUGUCUGGUAAACGUGUCCAGAGAGUCAGGAGCUCAAGGCUAAUACCCGUAGAUCUCGCAAGAGCAGCAUAUUAACUAAACAGUUUGAAUGUUAAAUUAAUUCUUUUAUUCAGUCUCGACGAUCACGAUGUCUACAGAACAAUUGAACACUUCUUAUUUUCAUUCAACUCCCAAUUUGUUACAUCAUCCAGAGCUGAGAUUUCCUUAUCAUACAGUUGUGUAGUAUAAACCAAAAUUAGCAGAGAGAUAUGGAGAGAGUAACACGUUGUAGACUCUAGGGUUUACGACCCAGCCACUAUCUUGGAUCUGUUUUUGUCAGUAUUUGUUGUGAACAAACUUGAACCAAGAACGAAAAAGACCAAGAAUACUCAGAGAAAAAAUACAAUUGA